AUGGAAUCUCCCCAGGAGCCCCUGCUCGCAGGGUUGCUCACCUCUCUCGUUACGUCCGUGAUCGCACCUUCGGCCACGGUCGUUUCGCACCCGGCCUCCUAUUCGCAUCAUUCCUACGCUACAUCACCUCCUAUUCCCUCAUUACCGCCAAGUGAUAAUGGUCAGUGGAAUGACGAGGGAAAAAUGAGACAGUGGUCAUCUACCAUCGGUAUCAUCACCGCUCUUGCCGGCAACGUUUUGAUCUCCGUCGCCCUCAACAUCCAGCGCUAUGCGCAUCUCCGGAUCGCGCGGGAAUGGGAACAAGAUAAGAUUAAAAAAGAAGCGAACUGGAGGCGAUCUAAUUCCGACUCCCGAUCACCAAACCAAUAUGGCGCCGCUGGAGGCGAACGCUCUCAUGGCGGGGAUCAGCCGGAGAGAUCACGGAAGGAACAAAGACACGCACCACACCGUAUCUUCGAAGAGUACCGAGAUGAUGUCGAUGAUCCCCCGCGAGGAAGGAGGGGUGCUUCGGAAUCACCGGAGCCUAUGCGCAACUCCUUUACGUCUGAUCGUACAGCUCGGCCCGGAGAUAAAGGUGAUGAGUUCGGAGAUCGCAAGUCAUACCUUCAGUCUCCGUACUGGUGGGCUGGAAUUAUUCUGAUGUGCCUUGGUGAAACAGGCAACUUCAUGGCAUAUGGCUUUGCACCGGCUUCUAUUGUUUCGCCCCUGGGCGUUGUGGCGUUGAUCUCGAAUUGCGUCAUUGCGCCUUGUCUAUUGAAGGAGACGUUCCGACAGCGUGACUUUUGGGGUGUCUUGAUUGCCAUUGCAGGUGCUGUGGUCGUUGUUCUCAGCGCAAAGUCGUCGGAAGAGAAGAUUGGCCCUGAUGAAAUCUGGGCGAUGAUUACCACUUGGGAAUUUGAGACCUAUCUCGGAUUGACCACUGGGUUGAUUAUUGCUUUUAUGUGGGCUAGUUUCAGAUAUGGAUCUCGCUCAAUCCUGAUCGACGUCGGCCUAGUAGCACUAUUUGGCGGAUAUACCGCACUCUCCACCAAGGGUGUUUCUUCACUUUUGUCAUAUACAUUAUGGCACGCCAUUACCUUCCCCAUCACCUAUUUGCUGGCCUUUGUCCUCGUCUUCAGCGCUCUCAUGCAAAUCCGCUAUAUCAAUCGGGCCUUACAGCGAUUUGACUCUACACAAGUGAUUCCAACACAGUUUGUCCUUUUUACACUUUCUGUCAUCAUUGGAAGUGCAGUGCUAUACCGUGACUUUGAGUCAAUGUCGGCCAGACGCGCCGGAGAGUUUGUUGGAGGUUGUUUCCUGACCUUCCUCGGAGUCUACUGCAUCACGAGCGGCAGAGUUCGAUCUGAUGAUGAGUCUACAUUUUCAACUGACGACGAAGAAGAGGCUAUCGGCCUGCUAAAUGGUGAACGUUAUCAAGAUCGAGUUGAUCUAUCACCUCCGAACCAGCAAUUGCGAGCACCGAAAGGUCCGCAUACUGCCAUUGAUUAUACGGACGAUGUUCCACAGUCUCCAUCAGGAUCUCUACUGAGCCGUGGGAUAGAUGGAGUUGAUGAUAACCAGCUUACUCCACGGGGUGUUCUUUCGGCCGCUCCAUCUUCGCCAAGUAGCUCAUUGCCCAUGGACUCUCCCCUUUCGGGCCCGUCGUUCGAAGGCCCGUCUCCGUUGCGGCCCCCGUCUCGUAUGUCGAACCCCUGGGCGGACAGCCACGAGCAGAUAUUCGCUGCUAGACGCGAUUCCGAUAUUCGCCCCGUCACUCCCCCAUCCGACGGUAGCACGGUCCAGGAAUCUACAGUUCUCCUCCGCUUUCCGCCAGCGCCCGGAAUGGAAGGUUCUCCAUCAAAUGGAAAUGCUACGACUGUUCGACGUGCGUCAACACCGACCGGAGGCAAUCAGGCCCAGCUUCCAGACCGAAGCCACGCGACACUCGAGACACCCACCCGUCGAACGCUUCGCAAUUCUAUCUCCAAUCGAUUCUCACCCGGACCCCUUCUCCCCGCAUUGUCAGGCGGCUUCAGUGCUAUAGUGGCCGAGUCUCUCCGACGCGGCGAGAAAAGUCCUUUCAAGGAUCGCUCCAAGCGCAGAUCAGGUCGCCGCAAGCAGUUGGAUGGCGCUUUCGAUGAACCCGGAUACUUUGAUGGCGAAGGAGCUCAUGACAGUUCUAUCACAAUCGCCAAUGCCCGACUUCAGUCGGCUACUAGUCUCGUGGUCUCAGAUGUGGAGGGUGGUCGAUCCACCCCUGCCCUCGCCACCGAAAUCUAUAACACACCGACUCAGAAGCCCAGCGAGGAUGUCACUCGACUUCGCAGUUUCAGCGACUCAUGGAGCGGUGGCCUCGCAUGGUUGGGUGGUGCGCUGCGAAGCAACAACGUCGAGCAUGCAAUUGCCAGCGGUGCGGUAACACAGGAGACUGCAACACCGCAAAACAAUGAGACACCGAAUGCCGAUCACUCGAACGAAGAUGCUAAUACCUCUACCGCAUCUCGAUAA